GUUAUCAAGUUGUGUGUAGGCUUUAUAUGGUUAGCUGCCGUAUGUUAUAGACAUGAAGGAGACGCCGCUGUCAAAUUGCGAGAGAGCCUUUCUUCUUCAAGCAAUCGCUGAAAGGAAGCGUCUGGAUGGCAGGCAAACAUAUGAUUACAGGAAUAUUAAAAUUACCUUCGGAACAGAUUAUGGCUGUUGUAUUGUGGAACUUGGAAAAACAAGGGUACUUUGCCAGGUCUCCAGUGAAAUUGUUACCCCCAAGAUGAACCGUCCCACUGAAGGAAUACUUUUCUUUGAUCUUGCGAUCUCCCCAAUGGCAUUUCCAGGUUUUGAAAUGGGAAGGAAUUCAGAAUUGUCUGUAAAGUUAAAUAGAUUGUUGGAAAGAUGUCUGCGAAACUCCAAGUGCAUAGACACCGAAUCUCUUUGUGUUGCUGCUGGCGAGAAGGUAUGGCAAAUACGUGUUGAUCUGCACUUGUUAAAUCAUGAAGGAAACAUCAUAGAUGCAGCAAGCAUUGCAGCUAUUGCAGGGUUGUGUCAUUUCAGGAGGCCAGAUGUGUCGGUUCAAGGGGAAGAGGUCACUGUGUACACUCCAGAAGAACGUGAUCCGGUUCCUCUCAGCAUCCAUCACAUGCCCAUUUGUGUCAGCUUUGCCUUUUUCCAGCAGGGAAUAUACCUGUUAGUAGAUCCCAGUGAACGUGAGGAGCGGGUUAUGGAUGGUCUACUGGUGAUUUCAAUGAACAAACACCGAGAAAUCUGUACAAUUCAGUCAAGCGGUGGGAUAAUGCUGCUUAAAGAACAGGUUCUGAGGUGCAGCAAGGUAGCAGGUGUAAAGGUGGGAGAAAUAACAGAGCUCAUUCAAAAGGCCCUGGAAAACGACAAAAAGGCCAGGAAAGAAGGUGGCAAGUUUGGAUUUGCAGAAUCUCUCCCAGAAAAAAGAAUAACAGCCCUAAAAAUGGAAAAAUCUGCAGUUGAUACAACAGAUGUGGAAAACAAGGUUGAGAAGAUAAUAUUGGAUGCUGAGCCUCCAUCUAGAGUCAUUUCUAAGCCAGUGGUAUGGACUGAAGGAACAGCCCAGAUUGGUGAGGGUCAGGAAAAUACAUGGGGCCAACUUGAAGAAUCAGAGGAGGAUGAUGAAGAUGAAGACUCUGCCCCAGAAAGCCCCAAUGUUGAGAUGCAAACUACAAAGAAAAAAAGUUUAAAGGAUGAUGUGACAAUGUCUGAUAGUGAAGAGGAAGAUGUAGUAAUACUACAGCCUGAGAGACCAUCACAAAUCAGUCACUGAACAAUCUGCAUCUUCAGCAAGUGAGAUAUCCAGUAUGAAGAACAAGACUAAAUGUGCACAAAAGUGAUCUGUGGGAAACACUUAAAGCAAGAAGCUUGAUUGGUCAGGGACAAGGAUGGUCAAACCUGGCAACUACAGCAACUCUACACAUCUCAAGAGACUUGUAGUUAGUCCAGACUUUUGUCUGCAGCGUGAAACAUUUCUUGUAAACUAGCUUUCUUCAGUUCUUGCACAAUUAUAGGGGUGAAAAGCAUCUCAGUGGCACCCUGUUCUCUCCAGCAGUUGUGUGGAGACUGUGAAAAUGUGCAUAGAUGUCUACUCAGGUGGGGAAUGUAACUUCCUUGUUUUAGACCCCUGCAAAUAUACAAUACAGUAAUAAACUUCCUAGGUUUUUUUUUUUUUUUUUAUAAAAUGUAAAAAGUCAGCAUAUUGUUUCAAAAAGUUUUCUGAAAUCGUUUUUUUUGUAUAAAAAAAAAAAAAG